CUCUCCAGAAACCGGCUCUGGUGAAAAACAAUGGUGGAUCCUGAACUGAUUAUAAACUCGUCUGUUUUUAUCUGAUAUUGGAUUUUUACUCUCGGGUUCUGUCUGUCCCCCCGGAGUGUGUGUUCAUCUGUCUGUUCUGGCUUUUAGCUGCUUUUUAAAUUCGCCAUGGAUAUGCAACGUCCAGCCAUCAGUCAAGCAGACAUGGAGAGAAGAAUGAACCAGAACGCUCCAGUUUAUUGUAUCUGUCGCAAACCAGACAUCAACUGCUUCAUGAUAGGCUGUGACAGCUGUAACGAGUGGUUUCAUGGAGACUGCAUUUUUAUAUCUGAGAAGAUGGCAAAAACGAUUAGGGUUUGGUACUGUGAGCGAUGCCGCAGUAAAGACGGUUCUUUAGAAAUUAAGUAUCGUCCGAAGAAGAACAAAGAGAAAGAAGUAGAUACAGAGGGAAUGGAUUCACAGCCUGACACAGACAAUGACUACCGGACUGAUCGCAAGCGUGGGUCACGAUUGACCAACCAAGAGAAGGUGAAGCGCUCUGCACGGAUGUGCGGGGAGUGUGAGGCCUGCUGCAGGACGGAGGACUGUGGUCAGUGUGAUUUCUGCAAGGACAUGAAGAAGUUCGGUGGCCCCAACAAGAUCCGCCAGAAAUGUCGACUCAGGCAGUGUGAAGUCCGAGCUCGGAAAAUGCUGCGGGUGAAGGAUGAGGAGUAUGCUUUAUCUAAAAGCCCACACAAUGCCCAGAGAGACUGCCCUCUUUCAGACGAUUACAGUGAGGAUGAGCUGGAGCUGUAUCAUCAGUACCGUGCUGGCAGAUUUGGAGACUGUGGCUGGAACAGUGAUGAGGAAGACAGUGCAUCGCUGGAUCCUGCCAUGCGAAAGAGAGCCGUGAAGGUCAAACAUGUGAAGAGGAGGGAAAAGCGAUCAGAGAAAAAGCAGAAAGAGGAGAAUAAGCCUCGUAAGCACAAACCCAAGCAGAAACAUCGGGACAAGGUGCGCCACAGUGAGAGGGCCGAGACCCGAGACAGUGGGGGGAGCAGGCAAUGCCUUGGACCGGGCUGUGUGGAGUCAUCUCGCCCCAACUCCAAAUACUGCUCUGAUGACUGUGGCAUGAAGCUUGCUGCCAACCGGAUCUAUGAAAUCCUCCCUCAGCGUAUCCAGCAGUGGCAGCAGAGCCCCUGUAUUGCUGAAGAGCAGGGCAAGAAACUUCUGGAACGCAUCCGGCGUGAGCAACAGUCAGCCCGCCUGAGACUCACUGAGAUGGAGAAGCGUUUUCACGAGCUGGAGGGCAUCAUUGCCAAGGCCAAGCAGCAGGUCGUCCAGCACGAUGAAGAGGUAAAUGAGGGAGAUGAUGAUACAGACCUUCAGAUUUUCUGCGUCUCCUGCAGUCACCCGGUCAACCCCAAGGUGGCGCUACGUCAUAUGGAGAGAUGCUAUGCCAAGUAUGAGAGUCAGACAUCAUUUGGGUCUAUGUAUCCCACACGCAUUGAAGGGGCAACAAGGCUGUUCUGUGACGUAUACAAUCCUCAGAGCAAAACAUACUGUAAGAGGCUUCAGGUUCUCUGUCCAGAACACUCCCGGGAUCCAAAGAUUCCAGCAGAUGAGGUAUGUGGGUGUCCUCUGGUGCGAGACGUCUUCGAGCCCACAGGAGACUACUGCAGAGUGUCGAAGCGCAAGUGCAACAAACACUACUGCUGGGAGAAGCUCCGCAGAGCCGAGGUGGACCUGGAGAGAGUCAGAGUGUGGUACAAGUUGGACGAGUUGUUCGAGCAGGAGCGUAAUGUCCGAACUGCGAUGACCAAUCGCGCUGGUCUGCUGGCCCUGAUGUUGCAUCAGACCAUUCAGCAUGACCCACAUGCCACAGACCUGCGCACUGGCAAGGACAGAUAGUCACUGAGUGGCUAUAUAGGAUUUUAAUGGAUGAAGUUCUGAAGACUGAUGAGAAGUGGCCUACUGGUGUUGGACUGCUUCUUAUAAUAGUGCAAUGGAGUUUUACACAUAAAAGCAUAAAUCCAUUAUAUGACAUUUUCUUACCAUUUUUAAUUAUUAACAAUAAAUAUAUAAAAAAUAAAAUAAUAAACUGGUCUGUUCAGUGUUAAAGGGACCAGCUUUAAGUAUCUUAGCUAUGUGAUUAUGAUCCAGACCAUUACAGGUGCAUGUGGUUUCUUAAAAUAAAAGUUUAUUGUAUGUGCUUCAGUGGUUUGACUCUGUAAUUGUGUUUGUGUCCAUUGUUUUCUCAAUGUUUUUUUAUUAUUCAGUAAUGCACUCUGUAUAGAUUUUGUUGUUGUAUCGGACUCAUUUCUUUAUAUCUUUAUAUCUUGUAUGACUUUUAUGAUCAUGCUUAAAAAGCUUGUGGUUUGGGCUUUGAAAUUACAAAAAAAUGCAUUUUAGCAACUUUUUUAAACCUGAACAAGAUAUAGAUAUUUUAUAUAGUCAUUGAAACACACAGUACAUGCAGUUAAUACAAUAUGUGCUAAUACUGCCAUUCCCAGUUAGCAGUUAGCAAGAAGUUGCAAUUUCUAGUUUCAGUUAUAAUUAACUUUGCCUAUAGUUUGAGAAGUUAACCAAUACUGUGUGAGAAAUCUACUGUAUAAGAAAUGUAUCACCUUUAUCAUCACAAUUAAAUGGAUAUCACUUUG